AUGGAAGCUGCCCAUAGUUCGAACGAAGCUUGUGAUGCAGCUGUACCUGAUAUGAGCACCUCAAACAGCAAGACAUAUCAAGUGAAUGUUAGCUCCGCGUCCAAGCAUUUUGCUGAGGAACGUUUGCAAGUUGCAAGUGGCGUACAAAGGUGGGGCCCUACUGACGCUUGCCCAGAUUCUAAGACCAGCGAGAGAAGCCCUGAUGGUGACCAUAAGAACCCAAUGAAAUCUGACGAAGCUGUUGAGGGACAUUUGCAAGCUAAGAGAUACCAGCCAGACACCUCACAUUACAACAUCACACACACCUCACAUUACAACAUCACAGACACCUCACAUUACAACAUCACAGACACCUCACAUUACAAACUCAAACACACCUCACAUUACAACAUCACACACCACUCACAUUACAACAUCACAGACACCUCACAUUACAACAUCACAGACACCUCACAUUACAAACUCAAACACACCUCACAUUACAAACUCAAACACACCUCACAUUACAACAUCACACACACCUCACAUUACAACAUCACAGACACCUCACAUUACAACAUCACACACACCUCACAUUACAACAUCACAGACACCUCACAUUACAACAUCACAGACACCUCACAUUACAAACUCAAACACACCUCACAUUACAACAUCACAGACACCUCACAUUACAACAUCACAGACACCUCACAUUACAAACUCAAACACACCUCACAUUACAACAUCACACACCACUCACAUUACAACAUCACAGACACCUCACAUUACAACAUCACAGACACCUCACAUUACAAACUCAAACACACCUCACAUUACAAACUCAAACACACCUCACAUUACAACAUCACACACACCUCACAUUACAACAUCACAGACACCUCACAUUACAACAUCACACACACCUCACAUUACAACAUCACAGACACCUCACAUUACAACAUCUUAGACACCUCACAUUACAAACUCAAACACACCUCACAUUACAACAUCACAGACACCUCACAUUACAAACUCAAACACACCUCACAUUACAACAUCACACACCCCUCACAUUACAACAUCACAGACACCUCACAUUACAACAUCACAGACACCUCACAUUACAAACUCAAACACACCUCACAUUACAACAUCACAGACACCUCACAUUACAAACUCAAACACACCUCACAUUACAAACUCAAACACACCUCACAUUACAACAUCACACACACCUCACAUUACAACAUCACAGACACCUCACAUUACAACAUCACACACACCUCACAUUACAACAUCACAGACACCUCACAUUACAACAUCACAGACACCUCACAUUACAAACUCAAACACACCUCACAUUACAACAUCACAGACACCUCACAUUACAAACUCAAACACACCUCACAUUACAACAUCACAGACACCUCACAUUACAAACUCAAACACACCUCACAUUACAAACUCAAACACACCUCACAUUACAACAUCACAGACACCUCACAUUACAAACUCAAACACACCUCACAUUACAACAUCACAGACACCUCACAUUACAACAUCACAGACACCUCACAUUACAAACUCAAACACACCUCACAUUACAACAUCACACACACCUCACAUUACAACAUCACAGACACCUCACAUUACAACAUCACACACACCUCACAUUACAACAUCACAGACACCUCACAUUACAACAUCUUAGACACCUCACAUUACAAACUCAAACACACCUCACAUUACAACAUCACAGACACCUCACAUUACAAACUCAAACACACCUCACAUUACAACAUCACACACCCCUCACAUUACAACAUCACAGACACCUCACAUUACAACAUCACAGACACCUCACAUUACAAACUCAAACACACCUCACAUUACAACAUCACAGACACCUCACAUUACAAACUCAAACACACCUCACAUUACAAUAUCACAGACACCUCAUAUUACAACAUCACACACACCUCACAUUACAACAUCACAGACACCUCACAUUACAACAUCACAGACACCUCACAUUACAAACUCAAACACACCUCACAUUACAACAUCACAGACACCUCACAUUACAACAUCACAGACACCUCACAUUACAACAUCACAGACACCUCACAUUACAACAUCACACACACCUCACAUUACAAACUCAAACACACCUCACAUUACAACAUCACAGACACCUCACAUUACAAACUUAAACACACCUCACAUUACAAACUCAAACACACCUCACAUUACAAACUCAAACACACCUCACAUUACAACAUCACAGACACCUCACAUUACAAACUCAAACACACCUCACAUUACAACAUCACAGACACCUCACAUUACAACAUCACAGACACCUCACAUUACAAACUCAAACACACCUCACAUUACAACAUCACAGACACCUGA